AUGAUUUUUAUGAAUAUUCUCGGUAUGAAUCUAUAUUUUAGAUUAAACAAUACAGCUUUCAGCUACACUCUAUGCAUGCCUUCAACGAUCACACGACGACUCAUGCAUUCCGCUAGUUUUAACUGUCACUACAUCCCGUGGAAGAUUACAGCAUAUGACCGAUGUCUGCUUUCACCGAAAGCGCAAGAACAAAUACGUUCGAUGUCGUCGCAGUGCGAUUCGAAAGACAAAAAAGACAAUGAAAAUCAAUGUGAACAACAAAACCUACAAUUACUUAAAUUAACUGCUGAAACAGAUCCCAUUCUUCAUAGUCCAAUAGAAGAGAUGCGUCUAGAGGAUAUCCGUAGUCCCGAGACAAAACAAAUCGUGGCAAAUAUGAUUUAUUCUAUUCGAGCAAAACAGCUGGAACGUGCGAACGCUCCAUUUACUAAGGCGGCUGGUAUGGCUGCGAAUCAGUGGGGCAUAAACAAGCGAAUAUUUUUAUUUUGCCCCAAGGGAAAUGAUGGAGAGGCAAAAGUUGUAUUUAAUCCAACGUACAAGCCAAUUUCGCCGAAUCAAGUAUCAACAGAUCCAACGAAAACAAAAUCAGAAGAUCAGUUUACAAACCUAUAUCGAGAAGCAUGCUUCAGCGUUCCACAAGCAUAUGGGAUCGUCGAACGCUACACAAAUAUUGCAAUCAGUUAUGUUGAUAUCAAUGGUGUGCAGCAUACGGAUGAGCAGUUAUCCGGUUGGAAAGCUAGAGUAUGGCAACAUGAAACAGAUCAUUUAGAUGGAGUGUUGUACUCAAACAGACAAUCGGGAAUUAAAUAUGGCCCGAACUGUACAGAAUUUCAUAGGUUUCAAACGAAAUCCGAAUUCGAUGAAAGUUACCCGAAAUAG